AUGAGCGUUCUCUUCGAUAGUGUAGACGACAAGGAAUUCCACAUUUCCGGUCCUCAACAAACAAGAUCAGCAGAUUUUACGAAAGAUUUGAAAAAUAUAAAGUUUAAGGAAGCUAUUGUCAAGUUUUUGAUCGAUCAUUGGGCUGAUCAGGAGAUGGCAGCGAAUAUCGGUAGUAAGGUAAUUUACAUAAUACAUGAUUUGUGUUAUGAAUAUUCUGUUACUGAUAAUAAAGUAAUACGCAUCAUUAAUAAUGAGUUGUCAUGCCCUGAUCACGAAGAAGCGGAUACGAAGAUAGCAUUUCUUGCUUGCCAACAAAAUAAAGAUUCUACUAUUACUAUCAGAACUUCUGAUACUGACAUAGUGGUCAUCAUGUUAGCGUAUAUGGAACACCUGCAAGCAAGAGUAGAAGUUUGGAUGGAUCUUGGAGUUGGUAAUGCACGCUCUCUAGUAAAAAUAAGGCCCAAAAAUUUCGAAGGCGCUUCCAGCUUUGCAUGCGUUCACUGGUUGCGAUUUCAACCCAGCAUUGUACCGACGAGAGAAAAAGAAACCUUUGCAAUUUCUGAUGAAUUCAGAAAUUAUCCAAGAAGCAUUUCUGGAUUUGGGAUCAAAUGUGCAGGAUUCUUUUAA